CCUCCGUUCUCUGGAAGGGCUAAAUAUAUGUAACAGGUUGCAAGUCCUGCACUAUUUCUGCAAGUUGACCUUCGUCAAUGCCCCAGCUCAGGCAGCUGGGAAGUAAAAGCGACACACCACCGAGCGGGCCCAGUCCACAGCGAACAACAUGAACACUUUAGAACAGGCACAUCGCGGGCUUCUGGGUUCAGCAGACUCCUACACCAGCCGCCCGUCAGAUUCAGAACAUCUCGCUGGAGGAGGACAGGGAGGCGUUACGCAAGGAGGCCGAGCGGCAGGCUUUGGCACAAACUUGAGAAGGGCAAAGACCAAGCCCGUUGCGUUUGCUGUUCGAACAAAUGUCAGCUACAACCCCCCCCAGAACGACGACGUUCCUGUGCAAGGCAUGGCCAUUUCCUUCGAAACCAAAGAUUUUCUACACAUCAAAGAAAAAUACAACAACGAUUGGUGGAUAGGACGGCUGGUGAAAGAAGGGUGCGAGGUGGGAUUCAUUCCAAGCCCCGUGAAGUUAGAGAACAUCAGACUGCAACUGGAGCAGAAGAUGAGGCAAGGAAGGCUCUCGAGUAAAUCGGGUGGGAACUCUAGUUCCAGUCUAGGAGAUGUAACUGGGAACCGGAGACCAACUCCACCUGCAACAGGAAACGCGGACUUGACUAACUUAGCUUUUGACGUAGAUGUCGCUGAUCUAGAUGCAAACGAGAGUGAUUCACAGCCCAACCAUCGCUCCCCUAAAACGAGUGUUAGCAGUGUCACCACUCCCCCGCCCAAUGCCAAAAGAAUCCCAUUUUUUAAGAAGCAGGAGAAUAUACCCCCCUACGAUGUGGUGCCUUCGAUGAGACCAAUCAUACUCGUGGGUCCAUCUCUGAAAGGAUAUGAGGUAACGGACAUGAUGCAGAAAGCCCUGUUUGACUUCUUGAAACAUAAGUUUGACGGAAGAAUAUCAAUCACUCGAGUCACAGCGGACAUCUCGUUAGCGAAGCGAUCGGUGCUGAACAACCCCAGCAAACACACGAUCAUCGAGCGGUCCAGCACUCGCUCCAGCCUGGACGUGUUGGCUGAGGUACAGAGCGAGAUCGAGCGCAUCUUUGAAUUGGCCAGGACCUUGCAGCUGGUCGCCCUUGAUGCAGAUACCAUUAACCAUCCUGCCCAGCUAAACAAAACCUCUCUGGCCCCAAUCAUAGUCUACAUAAAGAUCGCUUCACCCAAGGUCUUACAGCGGCUGAUAAAGUCACGAGGCAAGUCCCAGGCUAAACAUCUCAACGUACAGAUGGUGGCAUCAGACAAGUUGGCUCAGUGUCCCCCGGAACUCUUUGAUAUUAUUCUGGAUGAGAACCAGUUGGAAGACGCAUGUGAACAUUUGGCGGAGUACCUAGAAGCCUACUGGAAAGCCACUCACCCGGCCAGCUGCAACCCGCCCAACCCUCUCUUGAACCGUACCAUGGCCACGGCUGCCUUGGCUGCCAGCCCGGCGCCAGUGUCAAACCUACAGGGUGCCUACUUAGUGCAUGAAGAGCAGAGCAUUGACUGUUCGAGUCCCGAGCGGACAAGCUUGCAUGACUAUCAGAAUGACUCUGCCAAGCAGCCCUACCAACGUUCGAUGCCUCAGUACGGCCGCCAGCCCAGGGCCAUCUCAAGGGCCCUGUCCCGCCAGGACACCUUUGACUUGGAGAUGCAGGGCAGCCGGGACUCAGCCUACACCGAGCCGGGGGACUCCUGCAUGGAGACGGACCCUUACGACGACCAGGAGCCCCGGCACAGGGCGGGUCCCUGGCGAGGAGGGGUCCCUCGGCAGCGGGCCCAGCGCCACGAGUCGUGGGAGGAGGAGGAGGAGGAGGAGGAGGAAGAGGAAGAGGAAGAAGACGAGGUGGACAACGGCAACUACAGCAGGCAGCGGAUGAGAGGCAGGGACCACUACCGCCAGACCAACGAGGAGGUGACGAGCAGGAGGCAGAGCGACAUGGAGGAGUGGAACCGUGACAUGUACAUUUGUUAACGUGCGGCCGGCACUUGCAGCCUCGGAGGGAGGGUGGGGUGGGGGCGGUGGGGGCCGAUCGAUCUCCUGCUCCAGCAGAGACGUUGUUAUCAUGUAGUGGUGCCCGUCGUCAGUCCUGUUUCAUUGUCCAGGAAGAAGAGUCGAUGAUGUCCUUCAGCAUUUGGUGCGUUCAUCUUGCCUGCCCCCCCCCCCUCUUUCAAUGCCAACCGAUUGGGGGGGGGGGGGGGGGGGAGAGGGGGGAGGGGGAGAGUUUGCGUGGCAGACCAUUCCCCACCCCUCUUCCCUUUGCUUUUUAGUGCCUCACCACUGGGUCUGUAGGGGGUUCGGGCUACAAGGCUGUUGGCCCUUUCAAGAAGCGACACUUUUGACAAACUACAGCCGAAUGCCCUUGUGCCAUGAGAACAGUCCAUCCCUGGUCUAGCUAGCUUAGAAUUAGAAUCGAGAGUGCCCAAAUCCACAGCCAUUGCCAAUUCUCUCACUGCCAACUGGGAAGUCUUCAGCUCCAACCGGUGAGCGAGCAAUGGGUGCAACGUGCUCAUGUGAAAUCCAAACUUAAAUGGAAGGAAACUUUUGAAAAUGG